GAUUCGAUGAAUAUUUGGGAUUUUCUCUCUGCCCCUCCCCUGCAUGCACUCUCUCUCUCUCUCAAAAUAACUAAAUAAACCUAAAAAAAAAAAAAUCAGGGAAUUUAGGGAAAAAAAACUAUACAAGAUACUUCACAUCUUUUUUCACUAAUGUAGAACAAAACGAAGGAGAAAAAAAGCCAGCUCUGUGCCCCUGUUGGAAGCUCCCACUGGAACUAGAACCCCACGGUUAUAGCUCCAAAAGAGUUGUGUCCAUUCAUUCAAUAAUUUGAGAGCCUAGUAUGUGCUGUAACUGACCAGGAAUCAGACACACCCUCUGCCCUCAAAGGCCUUGCAGUGGGGUUAGAGAUCAGAACUCUAAUCUACUUUUUCACAGAUGAGAAAACUGAGGUCCAGAGAAGUUAUGCCUUGCUCAAGGUCACACAGCAAAAUAUCAUCAGAGGUGAGACCAGAGCGUUUUCCCACAACUCAGUUCAGAACUCUUUUCCAAUUGACCACCCCACCCUUUUGAGGGUCACAUCUCAGCUACUAUUUGAGAUACUACCUAGUUUUCAUGACCCUCCCUUCUGUGCACCCACUGUCACCCUCGCUCCCAAACCUGGAGCUUAGGAUUUAGAAAAGAAAACGGUGAGCCCUGAAGAGAAAGUCACACACUGGGUAUUUUGAACCAUCCUCUGCAAGAAAAGGAAAGGUUACGCUGGUCUCCCAGCAUUAACUCUUCCUGUGCCGGAGAGGUUGAGGCCGUUUAAAAACAAAAACCUGAGUGGUCUCACUCAGGACCGAAAGGGUAGAUCCCCGCCCCCUGGUAAAGCAGCGAAGACAGAUGGGGAGCCACCUGUCAGAGGACUGUGGGCGGGGGCCGGGACCGAGAGGGCCGCGGGACCAGAGGGUGAGCGCCGCUGAGCGCACGCUCAGAGCAGACAGUUCGCAGGAGGCAAGAGAUGAUGGUCUAAAACCCUGGGAGCUGAAGGCCAGAGCGGGAGGAAAGGUAGUCACGGAAGGGAGGCAGAGCUACAGGAGGUGGGGGAUCCUGGAGGUGACAGCAAGGAGAGUACGCAACCGCGAGGGGCAGCUCCAGCGAGGACGCCGGGCGGUCGGGCGAGAGAAGGCAGGGCAGCGCCGCGGCGCUGCGGGCGGGCUCCGCCAGGGCGGGGGGUGCCAUGUCUCGAGAGCGGCCCCCCCACACCGACAUCCCGCGCAACCUGAGCUUCAUAGCCGCGCUGACGGAGCGUGCCUACUACCGCAGCCAGCGGCCCAGCCUCGAGGAGGAGCCGGAGGUGGAGCCAGGCGAGGGCGGGACGCGCCUCGGGGCCCGGUCCCGAGCUCACGCUCCGAGUCGGGGUCGCCGGGCCCUCUCUGCGCCAGCCGGAGGCGGCGGAGUUCGGGUGCCUCGCAGCCGCAGCCCCGACACCCGCAAGAGAGUGCGUUUCGCCGACGCGCUUGGGCUGGAGCUGGCCGCGGUGCGCCGCUUCCGCCCCGGAGAGUUGCCGCGGGUGCCCCGCCACGUGCAAGUUCAGCUGCAGAGAGACGCCCUCCGCCACUUCGCGCCGUGCCAGCCUCGCGCCCGCGGCCUCCAGGAGGCGCGCGCCGCCCUAGAGCCGGCCAGCGAGCCCGGCUUCGCCGCCCGCUUGCAGGCGCAGCGCAUCUGCCUGGAACGCGCCGAGGCGGGCCCGCUGGGCGUGGCCGGGAGCGCGCGUGUGCUGGACCUUGCCUACGAGAAGCGCGUGAGUGUGCGCUGGAGCGCCGACGGCUGGCGGAGCCAACGCGAGGCCCCCGCCUCCUACGCCGGUCCGGCCCCGCCCCCGCCGCGCGCGGAUCGCUUCGCCUUCCGCCUUCCGGCGCCACCCAUUGGGGGCGCCCUGCUUUUCGCCUUGCGCUACCGCGUGACCGGCCACGAGUUCUGGGACAACAACGGCGGCCGUGACUAUGCUCUACGGGGGCCCGAGCACCCCGGGAGUGGCGGAGCCCCGGAGCCCCAGGGCUGGAUCCACUUUAUCUGAGACUCCUGCGGCCGACGGCGCGAAAAGCAAAGGCACCCAGGGGCCGGGGGAGCCCGAAGAUUUGGCUGGGAAGAACGAAAGAAACCGAAAUUGGCUGGGAGCUGUCCAAGAGAGUCAAAAGGGGUGGAGAACCCACUUCCUUUUCUCCAAGACCAUGGUUGAUCCACCUUCCUCCCUCAGGCUCCUUCUUGACAGUCUUCUAGAAAGGAGAAGAGGGAAAAGAAGCAGUUCCUGAUGCACAUGAACAACUGCUCCCAGGUAACCAGCUCCCUGCACCCUUUUCUAUCUGUUAACUAAUUUCUCAAAAAUUUCUGAAUCCCCCUCCUCCUUAUUACUAAGAGAGUGCAUGCACAAAAGCCCAUACAUGCAUUUAGAACACAGUAUGGGGGCUAGUUACCCUGCCCCUCCUGUCCAAAGCCUUAGUCCUUUGAAGGAAGAUGGCCGAAAGAGAGGAACUCCAAGUCACUUCUCAAAGAAAUGCUGGCUUAAACAUCAUCCUUAUCUAAUGAAGAAAACAAAGAAUUUCAUGCAUCUUGUGGAACACCUUCAGGUCAAAGUACCAGCAGAGUGAAGAAAGAAACUGCUAGAAGCCACAAAGCAAUGCGCUUUUUAGUCAUCAAUGAAGAGCCCAAGGGAGGUUGAUGGAGAGGGAGACUGGGUUGAGGCUCAGUGUAUAAUAAUCUCUUGCCUAAUGUGUAUGCAUUAUUAUUAUGUUGUAUUAACAAUCAUAAUAGCUCACAUUUACUUAUCUGCUAAAAUCUGGUGUCUUGCAUGCAAUACAACCCUCAAAUCAACCCUAUCAGUUGAGUAAUAUCCCUAUUUUAGAGCUUAGGAAACAGCUCACAAAAGCUCAGUAAUUUGUUCAAGAUCACAUAGCUAGUAAAUGGCAUAGCUGGGGUUGUGAACUCAAGAUAUCUCCAGAGGUUCUGUGCAUAACCAUUUGAUUAUAGUUCUUCCUUUAAAAACAAAACUGACAACUUUGCCAUAUAUAGUCUCUUAUUAGGAAAAGACCACAGUUUCUAACUGCUCUGCCUUCCUAUCCUCCCAGUCUCCUGAACUGGCAUAGAGAAGGCAAAGCACUGAGGGGUCCCAAGUUCCAUCCAGGAGCUUGCUGCUGUCUCCUGUACCAGUGUCCCAGCUCUGCAGAAUCAGCAAGGGACCAUCCUGCCUGCCUGCUAGAGAACUUGGGAGCCCACCUGAACUCCAGCUUUUCCAUACAUUGGGAUUCUCUCCUGGCCCUAACCAACUCUCUACACGUGUUGGUGUGUCAUGCCCCUUUCCACUCCCCCGAAUAGUUUUGAACUGACCAAUCCCUAAAGUUUCCACUAGAAAGUAUCCCUGACUAGGACAAUUGCUGAAUGGUCUGUGCUUGGACCCUCUCUGCAAGCCCUGGUAUUACCGAGUAGAUAAAUGUAAACUGGUUGGAGAUGGAAUGAAGAAUAAUCCAUUUUUCCCUGAGCUUUCUCAGUAAGCAGUACCAUGGCUCACCCACCCCCCAUUCUCAGCUUUAUGGAGCCAACACAUGAAUCUUCUAGUUUUCCCAUAUAGAGCUGCCCCAGGGCCUGGGAGUAAACUGACAUUCUAAUCUGAUAUGGGAAACACUAGGAGUUUGGUGGAAUCUUUAGGAAGGUAUGUGUUAGGCAUUGGGAUAGGGACUUUCCCCUAAAGGCUGAUGACUAUAUGAACAGGAGCAAUUUGGUGUAUAACAUGUCAGCCAUAGAUGAGGAAGUAUUAUAUAAGAAAAAACAUUACGCUGGUCAGGGGCUUGGGUCCUUGAAGCAACACAGCUGGACCACUUUGCCUGUUUCUCCUAUCCAGAUCUUAGAUAUCUUCCUACACUUAGCUGUCUGAUAGCCUUCCUUAUUCUUUUGUUUCUCUUUAUGAAUGUAGCGCAUCAUUUAUUGUCACAAUAAGCCAUAACUUCUGAACUCUCCAAUCUAACUCCCACAUUUUCUUGCUUCUAACACCUGUGUUUCUCUGGAGCUUCUCUGGAUCCUUGCAAUCCAAAGGUCAUAGAAUCAGAGACCAGGAAAAACUUGUCUUUAGAGAUUAUUGGGUCCAUGCUCCACUACAGAUGAGGACACAGGUCCAGAGAUGAGAAGUGACUUCAGCAGGGUCAGAGAAUUUGUUAGUGCAGCUCAAGAUGGGUCUUACCCUCAACCCUUCUGCACACAUGCCAUUCCUGGGCUAUAAAACAGGCCUCUACAUAGUCAGAUCUGCGAUUUUUCAUGGCAGGGGAUAAUAUCAGAAAUGUUUCAUUUUCUCCUGCUAGUUUCCAUUCCCUUCCCCAUCCAGGCAUGAAAAGAAACAAAAGGCACUUGUAGUUUUCUUUGUUUUCCCAGCCUUGGCACUUCUUUGGGUGAUAUUGCUGAGGAACAGUGAAGUUGCUAAAAACAUGGUAUAAUCCAACCAUUGACUAACCUGGAGAGGAAAUUAAAGUUUGCUUUGUGAAUUCCCCCAAACCACUGUUCUCAUCAGGCCCUCCCAGAGCAUCCUCAUACCGUUCACAGUGUAGCCAUGUUCACUGGGCCCCAAACCCACUAGUUCUGUGCCUCACUUCAGCUUCCACAUGCAACUACUCUUCCUUCUGGAUAAAAGACCUCAUAUGUGAAAUAAAGUCAAAAUAUGAAAGUA